AUGGCUAUUCUCGGGGCCCAGGUUCACCACGAGGUCUGUACAUCGGUCUGCGGGAAACGAGGAACAAGAAAGAAUGCGCUUUUCGGCAAUGAUCAAAGAGUUGAGGUGUGCGGCACUCUUGUGGAAUGCGUCGCCAAACACAAAUUAGGCUUCGACAACCUCAAUUCCAGCAUUGAUUUCGGCAAAGACCUUACACAAAUAGCGGAGCAUAUCACAGGUGCUGUCAUGGCGGCCUUUGGUACGCGUCGCAAGCGCAGAAGCAAGCAACCAACCAGGAACAAAGCAGAAAAGCUGUCUAAGGGCGCCGAAGAGCUCAGCACGAUUGAAGCAGGCAACGAUCUGCUUAACUCCCGAGAUGUAGCAGUUGCAAAUACACACGAUGAACUCGUCGAAGCAGAACAGCGAAGUUCUGCAAGAGAUGACAUUUCUAACUGGACCACGAUCAGACACGUUGUCGCUGAAGAAGACGAGGAGGAGGGAGAGGAGAGUAUGAAUCAGGUAGAAUCACAAACUGACGACGGAAAUAGUCAAAUGCAAGGACAGCAAUCACCAGCAAUAGACACAAAUAACGGGUCAGAUCAGACAUGGCUAUCUGCUCAAACAGGCGGAACAGAAAAUCAAAGAAAUCACUCUUGCGUCAGUGGAGCAGUGACAGAGGCAGGAACAACUGAAGAUCAGAUAGAACAGCAGAGUAAGUCGAGGAAAACCAUUGAGAACCCCUUGGGAGAAAAGCAAGACGAGUUCGGUCUAAACCAUAUUGACCACAGGACACACCAGUCAAUAGAUAUGGGACUAGUGCGAAAUCGUCAAACCGUCACUGAAUGUGUUGGCAGUAUAGGAGUAUCUACUUCUGGCGCAGGAAUGGCAUCCAUUCCCGACCAGGCCUCCACCAGCGAAGCGUCAAGCGCAACCAUGCAGCAAAACACAAUAGUCCCUUCUGCAAGGAGGCCGUCCGAGGAGGAUGAGAGCCCAGUUGAAGGACUUGGACACAUGCCAGAACAGUCUGAUGAGGUGGAUGCUAUCGGAGAGGCUAACCUUCCAGAAGGGGUGAUCGAAAUACUGGAAAAGUUGCACGGAAAAUUGGAGGCUGCGAAAUCGCUCAUUGCAAUGCCUCCACGGCAAGCUCUUGGAACACCUGCAACGUUGAAAGACUAUCGUGUCGCGGACCUGCAGAGAGAAACAAAGAAGAUAAGCCGUCGAGUUCGACUUCGCAAAGGCCUUAGUGAAAGGUCACUCGCGGCGGGAUAUCGCCGAUUCAGCGGCACGUCAACGAAUAUAUAUAUGUCCGACAAGCGUCCGCGGAAGGAUGAUCUGAGGCGUUAUUUAAAGCAAUUUGAGGUUGAAGACAGCAAGAAAGUCAGGCAGGCGGUCGACGAUGGCGACCAUCAUAUUCAGGUCGGACUUCUAGCGCCACAGCUCACACGUUUGCAGCUGCUUAGCUGUUUGAGCUCCUGGGAGAACUCGAAGGAGUCUUUCAAAAGAUUGACAGAAGCAGUCAAGGUACUCGUCGAGGCCUCUGUCCAUCACCAGGAGCAGCAGUGUUCCGUGUUGAAGGAGUUACUCGACUUCAUCUGCACUAAGGAUGAUUGGAUGACACAUACUAUUUGCUGCUACGAGGACGAGUCCAAGUUGUCCCGCAGUGCUGUCCAGUUCCUGUCUCAAACAUACCCAGAACCUUGCGCUCUUAUGUACACGAGGAAGAGGGUGUCCGUGGCGGACGAGGUUGUCGAUAACGUCCAAACUGAAUCCAAAAAGUCACGAACAAGUCUCCAGAAUGCUUCAAGCACUGCCGACGAAUCUACCGUUCCAACCCAACCAGCUGUGGUGUCUACCUAUACGCUGAGUGGGACUGAAAAGGUUACAAGUCAAUCAUCUGAGCGAUUUGCUUCAGCUGGCCAUGGAUCAGACCACGUUUCGGUCAGCACUGGCAUUUCUACUGCCACUUUCGAAUCAGAAGCUCCCGCUAGUAAUGGUUCCUCCCCUCGUGAUGGCUUAACAGAAGAUAUUGCGGUGUUCGAUGUUUGCUUGCCUGCUAUAGAUUCGGUGAACGCUUCUGAUCCUAUCUGGCACAAUAACGCGUACGAGGACAUGAGUUGGGAAUGGGAUCACGCCACCCUUUCCAGUGGACAAACCAACGAUACUUCAGCACGACCGACUUCCGAAUGGAACUACGCUAUGUUCUCGAAACCGACCUUCUUGAAUUGGUGUCCAACAGAUUUCUCAGAAUGGGAUGUAGCUGUUUGGUCUUACGAAGACAUCAACAACAGGUCUACUUUAGCUGGCCGCUCGGAUUGGGGACAAAGCUCUUUAACCCGGAGCGACUCUGUGGCUUGUGCGCUGCUACCUAUAUCCCCAAGACAAGACCCUAUUCAUCAGACCGCAGCCGCUCGCAAUCUAACCAACAGCAAUGCGACUACGGCAUCAGGUCUAUACGUACAAUCAUUUGAACAUUGUGGCAUCGACAUCGAUUAUGCAGGAAACGUACAGGCAGGCCCAAAUGUUCCUGUGAGCGCCACGAACACCCAACUGCAGCAAGUGCUUGUCAAUGACACAUCACAAAGUGUUGUGCAGGUACCGUACUUCAAAGUACCUGCGCAACAACCAGGUUGCGGUCAGCAUGUUCCUCAUCAGAUGGUCUCAAUAAGAGACACAACAGAGUAG